AUGUUUCGUUUUUAUAUUUUAUGUUUUCUUUUCGUAUUUGAAGGACAUUCAGCGGAUAUAGAGAGUACUCUUAAAAAUUAUUUCAACAGUGACAAAUACACCGCAUUUCAAAAAGAUUGGCAAAAACAUAGAAAAUCAUAUGAAAAUGCAAUAAAAUUAGCUCUAAAGGAUAACUAUGGAUAUAAAGGGAUGAACGUCUACAUCAGAAAGUCUGCAGACGCUCACAGAAUCGCAAAUGGCUUCUAUUUGUCCGACGGUGUAGUUGGAGUAAUGUUCCACGAAAUGUUCUUGGGCGAAUUGCCGCAUCUCUCUGCACCGGAAGUGACUUUUGCGCUUGCAUCAAACAUUCUACGCAUUGAGUCAGGAAUCGACAAGAUAUUAAUCCAUACUCGAUACACGCUCUUCAGAAAUCAAUCAGAUGUUAUUUAUGGGAAUCCAGAUGAUAAGAACUCACCAUUUACUUACGAUGUAGUGGAUAAUUUAGGAAAUGCAGCCAUAAUAGCCGAGAACUGCAAGUUAACAGGCUACGCGAUAACUAAACUAAGUGGACAAUCAGUCGAUAUAGGACACAGUACGUUUGCAGUUACGGAAUGUAAAUUCAGCAUUGAGAUAUCAUCCCCAGGACUAGGCCGAGAGCCAAUCACAGCACAAUAUUUCAAUCAACCCCAAAGUAAAUCUCUUGAGAAAUUGAUAUCGAAACCAAUUCGUGAGGAGAUGCUGCCGAAGCUUCAAGCAACUUUAUUGACUUACAUCAACACUACAUUAAUAUUCCAAGAACGUUUAUCUGAGUAUCGGAAAUCCCAACGUAAAAUGUUCAAAGAAUCAUCGAAGUAUAUACUCAAACUUAUAAGGAGUUUAAAUAAACAGUCUAUACAAUUGAAUAAGGCUGCUACGGGAUUACAACCAUACCAUAUCACAUGGAACGUGUGCGUUGAAAAAGCGUGCCCCAUCCAUGUCGGUGUAAACGAUGUAACUGUCUAUGGGUUAGAUUCGGUCUUCUCGGCACAUAGAGGUGGACCAUUCAAGUUGCAGAGUUUGAAAAUCGGUGAAGCUUUAACUUUUAACUAUGUUCAGGUACGUGGAAAGGUACAUUUUGAAAAUGAAACUAUUAAAUUUACGCAUAAUUUCUUCGCUGAAAUAGACGAUGUAACAUUUGCCAUUGAAAUGGGUUUCAGUAAUCAAGUACAGGACUCUCAUUUUGUUGAUUGGAGGUCAAUAGAGCUGUCAAUAAUGGAUUUUAAAGGGAAUAUAGAAGAACGAAUGAACGCCAAUUCAUUUAUAACUGGUUAUUUAUAUAAUGAAAUUCCUAAAGCGUUAACAGAAUAUUUACACGGGGUUUUAGGAGUAAACCCUAAACCCGCCAAGCUAAUAGACCUUUAUUCCUCAUGGAGCAGAGAGAAAGAUGAUCAAGAAGAGAACACAGAAGAAAUAAGCAGUGACCAAUCGGUGAUAGGCAAGAAAAUGUAUAAAACAGACAAAGCAAAAAGGAAAAAACCAUUACUGCUAUCCUUAAAUAAACACCAUGACAAUGGUCACAUAUCAGUUGGUAGUGAUAAUAGGGACGAAGAGACGAGUCUGGAUGAUGAUACAUUAAACUACAAGAAGAGUUAG